UUAGUCCUCAAGGGGAUAUAAAAGCUCCCUUAGCAUCUGAGGCUAAUCAUUAGAGCUGAAACCUACAGAGUGUGAAGACUCGUCCCUUCCCAGAAUCUAUCGUCGCUCCUGAAACCAAGUCUUCAAAAUGAGGUUGUCAUUCUGCUUCCUUCUCCUGGUGUCUGUCAUGGCAUGUUCCGCCAUGUCUCUGACAGGCAACGGAAGGGGAAAACCUGAAAAUCCUGGCAACGGAAAAGGGAAACCUGAAAACGCAGGAAAUGGUGGGGGAAGCAGUUCAAGUGAGGAAGGUAGCGGAAGCAGUUCACCCGAAGAAGGUAGCGGAAGCAGUUCACCCGAAGACAGCAGCGGAGACAGCAGUAGUCCCAGCGAGGAGAGCCCGGAAUCAUCACCUGAGACCAGGAGUGACAGCGGUUCUUCCAGCGAAGAAGACAGCGAUCCUUCCAACGAGAGCAGCGGAGACAGCAAUAGUACCAGCGAGGAGAGCCCGGAAUCAUCACCUGAGACCAGGAGCAGCGGGGACAGUUCUUCCGACAAGAGCAGCGGAGACAGCAGUCUUUCAAUCGAGAGAGGGCUUCGUGCUGAACAUGAUCUUGAUCUCAAUAAGCUGAGGAGGCCUGCCGUCAAGAAAGCCUAAGCGGGCUCUUCUUCCGAACCCAAAGCCAGGACACCAAGAUCGAACCUCACACGUUUGCACACCCGAAAUCCUAAAGAAAAAACAAUCCCGACUCACGAGAUUGUUUUGCAAAUCACCGGAUGGACUAAUAAACAUGCAAACAAACAAAGGCACGAACACAUAAAAUCAAGAAUUGCGCCAGAGAAACAAGUAAAGAAAUAGAUAAAUACGAAAUAGACUUUACAGACGAAUAGAAAAAAGAGCUACCAUAUCUGCAGCAGUGAAAGGUGUCCGAAGAAACCCAGACAACGACGGCUCCGACCUUUGGAAUGUUGACGACCUGAAGAAUCUUUCAUUAUUCUGUGCAUAUCACGAUUUUCUUCACUUUAUCUUUUGACUUCUCUUUUUGUGCAUGAAUUAUUAUCUAUUAAUUGGAUCCACGUUUCCGAAAAUAUGAAAUAAAUUGAUGAUUAGC